AUGAGUUCAUUGAAAGCACUGCUCAGCGCGACAACAUUCGACACCGUGGACAAUACAUUAACCUCCAAUCCAGAGCUGGAAAAUGCAAACUGUCGGAAACGUGGCGCUGUUUUAGAGGAAUGGUUGCUUCGAAAAUUUCCAGAAUUGUAUGAAAAAUCACAAAUGGAUGAACCGAGCAGUACAGCAAUGCGGGUAAAUGAUGUCGAAAACCAACCGCUUAAUCUGGUUAAGCGAAUCAAGCAUGAUGCCGAUAUGGAAACUGAGGCGACCUCAACGUUCACUUACUCUCCAGAUCAUUCCUCAUCCAAAACGUUACGGACGAGUGGCUACAACCAGGUACAUGCGCAACUUCUGGAUACCGAACAAGAGACGAUCAUUAAUGAACAUACAGUGCUACCAAAAGCGGAACUGGUGAAGCUGAGUGGUCGUUAUUUCUGGCAACAAAUUAGCGAUGGAUGUCGGAAAAAAUUACUUGAGCCUUGCAACGUGGAAGAUAUAGGCAUCCAAGUUGAGAAGCCCAUCAAUUUGUCGUUAUCGAAAAGGCAUGAAACAGCUUGUGCCGGAUGGAAUGAUGUUACAAAUGGAGUAAUACCAUUGAUAAAAUGUGAAACGGAACAACUGAACGAAGACUGCUCAUCCAGAAGUGAAAACACGGACGUUUUGGCAGUGACUGGGAGUAGCGCGGAUCCAGACGGCUCUUCCAACGACCAGAAGCAAGGCGGCGGAAGUGUCCAUUUGCAUGCUGCUAAUAAGCAUGCUGUCAAGCGUUUGACUACUCCAAAGCUAACCAAACAUAACGAUGCAGCUUAUUAUCCCAAUAUCCAGUGCUUAUUGUGUCGAGAAUGGGUGUGUUCCAGGAAUAGGUACCCCUCCAUUCAUUUCCAUUGCCCUACUAAUUUUUUCUGCACGUCGAAACAGUUACCUUUCAGAUAUAUGCAUGUGGAAUCGCAUUUGCAGUAUCGUCCUUACAAGUGCAGCUUUUGUGGGUACGACAAUCGAAAAGAAAUCUUUAUUAUAUUGCAUAUCAAGAAAGUGCAUGGCGGCAGAGCAGAAGUUAUCCGAGAUAUCAACACUGAACUGGAACGCGAGGCUUGGAAUAUUGCAGAAAGAUGUGUUGAGCACACACGGGAUUUACUGCAACGAGCACACCUCGAAACGGUAACACGAAGUGCUAGUGAAUCCACUUCCACAGCAUCCACCAGCUGCACCAACGUACAGCGACAACUGCUCAUGAAAUAUUCAGCUCAGUAUCGUCCCAAGCUAUACAAUACACAACGAGCAGAAAAAAGUCUUGUCAUCGAAGAUUCGUUAAAAAUGGGAAUUGUUCCUGAUUUCAGCGAAGUUUCCAGUCGAGAAGUACAAUGCCAGGUAAGAUUUUUGCAGCGUCCUGUAAACAUUUGCCAUCGGCUUCUGUCGUCCUUUUAA